GGUAUAUAGGAGCAACUAUACUGUCCCAUCAUGCCUCGCUCUUUCUUGGUGAAGAAAGUCAAAUUGGACGAUUUCUCGGGUGCAGAUCUGGAUUAUCAUCACAGCCGGAGAGAAGCACUCAGUCUGCGGUUCCAUCAUCAUGAUAAAGGCUAUGUCAGCGAUUAUCUCAGUCCGUCUCCUUAUGACGAUGUGGUGGGAAGUGACUCAUCUGUCAUCUCUAAAGUACCCUCCCCUGGCCCCCCGUCAAUCAUCUAUAGCCGCAUCGACGAUACCUAUUCUGGUAUCCACGGUGAUAUCCAUGGCGAUUCGGACCAGCCGGACAGCCCGCGGUCUGAGGUUUCAUCAUCAGCUGGCGGCUACAUCAAUGGGGAUGCCGCCGUGAGCGAGGGAUACACAGUGGACACGUUCUUUAUCAUGGACGGACGAUCGCGGAGGAAAUCCGCGGAGAACCCCAAAGGGACCAUUCAGAGGCACACCUGCAGCGAGUGCGGCAAAACAUACGCCACGUCCUCCAACCUGAGCCGGCACAAGCAGACGCACAGGAGCAUAGACAGCAAGAUGGCCAAGAAGUGCCCCACGUGCGGGAAGGUCUACGUCUCCAUGCCCGCGAUGGCCAUGCACCUGCUGACCCACGACCUCAAGCACAAGUGCGACGUGUGCAGCAAGGCGUUCAGCCGGCCGUGGCUGCUGCAGGGCCACAUGCGCUCUCACACGGGCGAGAAGCCGUUCGGGUGCGCGCACUGUGGCAAGGCGUUUGCCGACCGGUCAAACCUGCGCGCUCACAUGCAGACGCACUCGGCCUUCAAGCACUACAAGUGUAAACGGUGUGACAAGACGUUUGCGCUCAAGAGUUACCUGAACAAGCACUACGAGUCGGCGUGUUUCAAGGGGGCUUUCUCCCCUAUUAGCUCAGUGGGGGAAUGAUGGAUGCAGAACUUUUUUGUUAAUUUAAAUCAGAUUCUACUGGCUUCGCUCCCUACUUUUCCUGCUUUCCCCAACAAGAAGACCAGAACGCUCGAGCACUACACUGCUAGAAAGGAGUAUUUUUUCUCCGCAAGGAUCAUGAGGCAACGGCAAAAAUAGAUUGAGGACGAGUCCACUUUUAUCAAGACCCUCCAAUCCCUCCUUUGUCUCCUCUUUCCUCAUCUGGAAGUGGAGUGAAAAGUUUCCGACGCUUGAUUUAGAUCGCCACCUGCUUCGAUAAGAUACUUCUGAGGCUGUUUUGAGUAUCUGUGAAGAUAAAUAAAGCACAGCACAUCUAGCUCAUCAUUUUAUGAAGAUACCUAGAUCUAUUUAUGUCCAUAUCUAUCCUCGUCCCUCUGUUUUUUUUUUCAUGACGAAAUGACACUAAAGCACAAUCCCUCCCCCCCCAUCUCUUCUGUCUUUCUGUGACAGGAAUAUCACAGGAGUUUAAAGCAUGAAUCACAUCUUCAGUUUUCUUGCAAAGAGAUUCAAUGAACUUUCAUAUUUAAUGCUUUUUUUAAAAAACAAACAAUCUAAGGAUACUUCUGGUGUCAUGCUUUUGGUGAAGCUGACCUUGGACUGAACUUAUAAGGAGAUAAAGCAUCAAAACAAAGAAAGCACACAGCAUUUGUUCUCUGCAAGUAAACAAAAUACUUGUAAAGUUUUUCCUUUACACUAGUGACAUGCUUUGCCUGCUGUAUACUGUGCUGGCUACUGACACAUCCACACCGAACUAUGAGGGAAAUAUAAUGCACAAACCUUCCAUAACAUGGUCGGUAUUGCAAAGUACACCUUUCUAGUGGGGAAAUCUUUUUUUCUUUAAACCAAUGUCUUAAAUGGGCACAGACGUACAAGCUGUUUUUAUUUUUUUGAAGUUAUUUUUGGCAUUUUGUGCUUUACUUGACAGUAAACCGUGGAAAGUGAGAGACAAACUGGACUUUCAUGGCUGAAAACUCCCACUGAUCCACUAGGGUAGUCCUUAACAAACAGUGUUUUCCUAUACAACCUAAAUUUGUUAUAAAUCUUAAUCUGUUAUUUAUUUUUACUUGUCAGCGUCAGACGAGGAUACGGACAUUCAAAAUGUCCUGAUUUUCCUCAAAAGGUCAAACCUUUCUCAAGUGUUAUGAAAUGGUGUAUUUGUUGCCAGUGGGCCACACAGUAUUCAGCUUUUUUUAUGUGUCUAUUUAUUGCCUAAUUUAUUUAUUUAUUCCUAUGUUUUUCUAAAUGUAUUGAUUUUGCACUUUACUUUGUUAUAUUUUGCCUUUGUUACAAAUAUGCCAAAGCAUUUGACACUUUCUAAUUACCGAAUACCUUUUUACUUUUGUCCGCCACUUUAAUUAUGAAAAACUACUGCAUGCAAAAAAAAUAACAAUAGCCUAAUAAUGGAAUCUAUGCCAAUUUUAUGAACCUUUGGGAUAUUUUGCCAAACCUCUUAGAUAACAGGCAAAUUAAGCAAAUUUCUUGUCUUGGGCAAUAUUUCAUUCAUAUCCGAUAGAGCAAUAAUGCAUGAUAUUUUUGAAGAGACGCGAGUCAUAACUGCUUGUAACAUCUUGAUUUUUUUCAAGUACCACUAUUCUAUGUAGUUAUGAGAAAUGAAAUUUCAGGGAGUUUAGCAAACCAAGUUAGUGUUAAAUAUGGAGGGUUGGGUUAAGAGCUCUGUAUUUAGAGGGAUUGUGACACCAGUGUGAUUCUUUGAGGCUUUCUCCAGGGACUUCUGUGACUGUAAAGUGUUUGAACAGAUCAAAUUAGAGUCAGUUUUCCAAUCUCUGCUGAUUUAACAUGUAAUAUUCUCUAAAACAAUUGCCUCCUAGUUAUAAUUCUAUCUUGGCAUCAUUAGCUUGUUGACAAUUACGUCUGUAUGAGCAUUAGGAGCUGUUGGUGCUUCCAGGGAUUCACACAGAUGGCACAACUCCUUUAGGUGGAAGGCUUUGGGUUGGGUCGGGACGGGUCUUUUUGUACAUGGUUUAUGCACUGCCUGCCUCGUAUUAUUACUCUAAAAUAUUGUAGAAAGUAGAACCGUAGGCCUCUGGUGCUGAAACAUGUAAAUCCCAGAACAAGAAGAGAAGUCUUGGUACUUUGUGUGUUUCUGGUUUGAAUUGUUGAACAGGUGAAAACACAACUUUACAACAGCUGUGGUGCUGAACGUGCGGCUCUUUUUUUAACCCUCCUUGAGCAGGUCCCUGCUUGAGGUUUUAAUCAGUGACAAAGAUGAAAUUUCCUCCUAUGAUUUGGUCAAAAUCAGUGAGCUCUCUUCUCAUUUUGAAUCCCAUCAAAAGAUCAGUUUUGCUCCCUGGCUCUACAUAAGAUAUUAAUUCGCAAACUCCAUGUGAGGACUCAAGAGCCAUAGCUUGUUUUUCUUUCCAUCAUCUCAGGCUGUUGUGAGGUUGUUGUGGCGAUCCCCAAUGCAAUUAUAAGGAUUGUUGAGAAAGAAGAGAAGACGUCUGGUCAAUAUUUCAGCACCGGAGCGCACCGACAAACACUUAGAUUCUACUAUGAACUACUGUAGCCUACUAUAGCCACAAGCUAGUUUACCUAUUCUUAUAUAAAAGCACUUCCUGUUACGAAGUAUAUCUUACAACCUUUCUUUUUUUGUUCAAAGAUAGUAGCACAAUGAAAGAGUUUAGAUUCAGGUAGACAAUGCCUUGUAUGUAGAAAUAACAACCUCUUUCUCCUUUUUCUACGAUGAUGAAUCAAAGGUAAAAACAACAACAAAGAUGCUGAAAUAACACAGACUGUGUUGUCCUUAAUAAAUAACACAUGGAAAUAUGCUUUAAAAUGACACACGGUAUAAAUGGACACCUUUAUUACAUGUUGUGUCUUUUUUCAGCAUAUUUGUGUGAGAGCAUCUUCACCACACCUUUUUUAAGAGUGAAUGAAAACUCGACUAUUUUGCGGCAAGAGGCCUUGUAAAUAAGCACUGAUGUGACUUUGGAGUCCGAUUAUUUCUACAGAUCAGUAUUGAGUGACAGUGACGAUGAUGAUGAUGAUGAUGAUGGUGGUGAUGAUGGUUAUGAUGGUGAUGAAUUUUUCUGGAGCUUCCUGCUUUGUUUUGAGUUCUUCCUCUGAGGUUUUUUUUGGACCUCCAGUGGUGGUUUGAAACAAUGUAAAGCACAAAGACAACACUGGGCAUUUUGUUUCACUUCCUAAAUAAAAACUAGUUUAAAAAA